AUGGUCAGAAAUUAUAAAAGAAAAACAGAUUUUGGAAGUACACCUCAACAUAUUUAUGACAAGGCAGUGAAAGAAGUGAUCGAUGGUGUCAUAACACUGCGACAAGCAGCUAAAAAAUAUGAUGUAAAUGUGAUGACCUUACAGCGAUACAAAACUAAAAUAACAGAUCCUAAUGUUAAAGAACCAGCUUCAAUUGGAUGGCGUAGUCACACGGUAUUCACGCACAAUCAAGAAGUUGAGUUGGCUCUUUAUACAAAACAGUCUUCAAGAAUAUAUUUUGGACUUACAGGAACAGAUCUCAAAAGUUUGGCUUUUCAAUUUGGAAAGGUAAAUAAUGUUAAAAUGCCUAGUAAUUGGUACAAUAAUUGUAGUGCUGGUGAAGAUUGGUUAUAUUCUUUUUUAAAACGAAACAAAGAUUUGUCGUUAAGAACACCUCAAGCAACAAGCUUAAGUAGAGCUACCAGCUUCAAUAGACACAAUGUUAAAACAUUUUUUGAAAAUUUAUGUAAAUUAUACGAUCGGUUUAAGUUUGAACCCCAUAAUAUUUUUAAUGUUGAUGAAACUGGAGUUACUACUGUACAUCGGCCAUCUAAAAUAAUAGCUGUAAAAGGUACAAAACAAGUUGGGGCUAUUACAUCAGGCGAAAGAGGAACACUUGUGACUGUAGCAUUAGCUGUCAGUGCUAUUGGAAAUACAGUGCCUCCAAUGUUCAUUUUUCCUCGAAAAAAAAUGAAACCUUGGUUCUUAACUAAUAGCCCAGUUGGGUCUAUAGGAAGUGCCAAUUCAUCAGGUUGGAUGACAGGAGAAGAUUUUUUAAUAUUUAUUAAACAUUUUUGUAAAAAUGUUAAGCCAUCCAUUGAUCAACCUACUCUUUUGCUCUUGGAUAAUCAUGUGUCUAAUUUGAAUAUUGAAGUACUUAAUUUUUGUAAAUUAAAUGGUAUUAUACUAUUAUCAUUUCCCCCACAUUGUUCACAUAAAUUGCAACCUUUAGACCGAUCUGUUUUUAGAUCUUUCAAAACAUUCACACAUAAAUUUAGUGAUUCAUGAAUGAGAAAUAAUCAUGGUAAACCAA